AUGCAUUCUGCCUGGAUCCUCUCUUGCCUGGCCGCUCUGGCCGCUGCCCAGACAACGACCGUCCAAUGGAUGGGCUUCGACGAAACAGACGGAUAUGAUAUCUCGCCCGAUGAGUUCAAGAACUAUGUCGGGCGUGUUGUCGCCAUGGAUAAGGCCGCCACCACCUACGAGGUCAACUGCGCUAGCGACAAGAAGUGCGGAAUCAAAUCGGAUCACCCCAUGACCCUGGUCCAGGGUCCCGAGACCUUCAGUGUCACCAUGAACGUGGAAGUUAUGACCAUGGGCGGGACAGCUCUGCUCGAUGGUCGACGUGAAUGUACUUUUACUUCCUCCUCCGAGUCGGCUUCCUGCACUAUGGCCUUGAGUCUCUCGGUCUCGGUCGAGGGCACUUCCACCUCUACUUCCAUACACUCGGCCAUGAGCAGCAUCGAUCCCUCUGAAAUCGAGUACUACCCUCUUACCGUCACGGGGGGUGUGUCUGCUCCUACGGCCAGUGCCACUACUUCUACUUCUGCCGUAAGCACCAGUGCCACUACCUCUACUUCUGCCGUAAGCACCAGUGCCACUGGUGCUGCUGCUCCUGCUUCUGGGCCUAUGGCCACCGCCGCGCCACUGGGCGCUGCCGCCAUGGCUGCCAUUGCGGCCCUGCUCUAA